GAAGGGCGCAGGAGAAACACGACAUCCGCGCGUAAUCAGGCGGAUUCGAUGACUCCAGCCUUGCGCUAGUAUCUAGAACGGCAAGGUGCGACGACAGUCAACCUGCAAGAGAAACCUACUCAAGAUAGCUAUGUCAGCAUCCUCGUUCCUACGACGCCCUUCUCCCCUAUCCUCGAGCAAACAGACGCCCUCUUGUGAGUCACACAAGAAGGUGAAGAUGAAGGAUUCAAUUCAGAUGCACACAGAUAUAAUGGGAUGGUUCCUGGAGAUGAGGUUCAUAACCAGUAAUCCAAACACAGCCUAUUGUAUACACACCCAAAAUGUCAGCCUCUACUUCUUUCAAUGACGCUUUUGUGUCGGCAGUUACGCCUGGCCCUGAACGCCUUUUGCCAGGCGUGGCUCUCGGUGCUGCAAGAGCCCUUGGAAAAGCUGAUAUUUCAGAUCCUGAGGACUUUCUUGCUGCAUAUGGCACAUUGCAGCUGGACCCCACGUCGCCGCCAGUGUCGCCCGAGACGACUGUAUGGCUUGCCUCCUGUACUAAGCUAGUGACGACCGUCGCAGCCUUGCAGUGCGUCGAACGCGGUCUAUUCUCACUAGACGAGCCUGCUGAUGUCGACCGUCUACUGCCUGAAUGGAAGAAGCCCAUGAUCCUGACUGGCUGGGCGGGCAAUGAACCCGUCCUACGACCCGCAAAAGAAAGCAUCACAUUAAGAAGAUUGCUAACGCAUACGAGUGGAAUCGGCUACGAUUUUCUCUCGCCUGACUUGAUGAGAUGGAGACAAGUCCGCAAAGAAGGAAUUUUAUCCAUGCAAGCACCCAUCACGCAGUGCUUCACGACGCCUCUUCUAUUCGAGCCCGGAUCUGGCUUCGCGUAUGGUGGCGGACUGGAUCUUGUGGGAUUGAUGGUCGCGAGGGCCAAUAACUGCACGCUGGAAGCAUACAUGCGACGCAAUGUGUUGGACAUAUUGGGUAUGGACAAGACGUCUUUCUAUGUCAGACACAACGAUAUCGAGCAGAAACUGAUGCCAAUGACGACUCGCCCUGCACCUGACGCAGAUCUCGUCUCUGGCGAAGCAUCGGGUAACCCGCUGGUACAGCCGCUGAAUCCUCAAGAUGAAUAUGGUGGCGCAGGGUUGUUCAGCAACACGGAGGACUAUCUCCGACUUCUGAAGUCGCUUCUCCGGAACGAUGGUAAGCUCCUUGACGCGGAGAGUAUGGACCUCAUGUUUGCGCCAUGUAUUUCGUCUACUGCACAGGAUUCGCUCGACCAGACCUUGUCUGUGCCGCAUAUCGCUGCCAUUAUGAUUCCUGGCGACGCCCCAAUGGGUACUCCUGGCGCUCGGAAGUGGUCACACGCUCUGGGUGGGUUAGUAGCAUUGGAAGAUGAUGCGGAUGGCGGUUUGAAGGCUGGUAUGUUGCGAUGGGGAGGUGCACCUAAUCUCAAGUGGUGGAUUGAUCGCGAAGGCGGCACUUGUGGCAUAUUCGCAACGCAGCUGUCGCCGGCUGGCGAGCUGCGACAUGCGCAUCUAGGUAAGAUGUUUGAGAGGGAGGUGGUUGCAAUGUACGCUUGA